AGCCGGUUGCAUAUCCUCGUCCUUUCGUUCGUCCUCAGUGCAGGAUAACGAAACAUCGUCUUGCAAAAGUAGAGCUAUUAGCGUUAUAUUUACACUCUAACAGCGCUGAGCUCUUUCCAAGCCAAGCUAUCUUUUAACUUAUCUAUUCGUGAGAGGGUGACCCGAAGCACACGGAGCGAGGAUGGAGACUUUAAUUCGCCGCUGCCCGUUCCUGUCCCGCGUGCCACAGUCCUUCCUCCAGCAGGCCCGGAAAUCUCUGGUGGUCUACGCCCAGAAAUGUCCUGUGAUGAUGGACCUGGCCUCCAAGCCGCUGGCCCGUUCCCUCUGCUCCUCCUCUGCUAGCUUCCAGAAGGACACCGGGACUUCAGCCCAGACACCUGGCGCCAAUGGGGGCACCACCACCAAGCUGCCUCAGGUCCACCCCCACCCCAUGCCCCCCUCUGGCCAGGCCUCGGGGGCCUCCAAGUGCCCCUUCCUGGCGGCUGAGAUGGGCCAGAAGAACAGCGGUGUGGUGCGCCAGGCCAGCAUCCAGCUGCAGGAGGACGUGCAGGAGGUUCGCACCGUCCAGAAAGCCCAGGUCCUGGCCUCCUCCUCCUCUAAGUCUGGAGGUGUUGACCGGACCAAUCUGAUGAAGAGGCUGCUGAAGCAACGUCCAAUCAGGGUGUCCCACCUACUGCAGGAGAACAUGCCCAGCUUCUCUAACUUCCACUACGAUGAGUUCUUUGAGAGGAAGAUUGAGGAGAAGAAGAGCGACCACACGUACCGUGUCUUUAAGACGGUAAACCGACGGGCCACCGACUUCCCCAUGGGUGACGACUACACCGAUUCCCUUAGCGACAGGAGAGACGUGUCUGUGUGGUGCUCCAAUGACUACCUGGGCAUGAGCAGACACCCACGGGUCGUCAACUCCAUCACGGAGACGCUGCGUAAGCACGGCAGCGGGGCUGGAGGAACCAGGAACAUCUCUGGGACCAGUAAGUUCCACGUGGAACUGGAGCAGGAACUGGCAGACCUCCACAGGAAGGACGCUGCGCUACUCUUCACUUCCUGCUUCGUAGCCAAUGACUCCACCCUGUUCACCCUGGCCAAGAUGAUGCCAGGCUGUGAGAUCUACUCUGAUGCAGGGAACCACGCCUCCAUGAUCCAGGGCAUCAGGAACAGCGGAGCCAAGAAGUUCGUCUUCCGUCACAAUGACCCCAACCACUUGAGAGAUCUGCUGCUGAAGUCAGACCCCUCCUCUCCAAAGAUCGUGGCCUUCGAGACGGUCCACUCCAUGGAUGGAGCGGUGUGUCCUCUGGAUGAGAUGUGUGACGUGGCUCAUGAGUUUGGAGCCAUCACGUUUGUAGACGAGGUGCAUGCGGUGGGGCUGUACGGCGCCAGAGGAGGAGGUAUCGGAGACCGGGACGGCAUCAUGCACAAGAUGGACAUCAUCUCUGGAACACUGGGCAAGGCGUUUGGUUGUGUAGGAGGCUACAUCGCCAGUACCGACGCCCUGGUGGACACGGUGCGUAGCUACGCUGCAGGCUUCAUAUUCACCACGUCUCUUCCUCCCAUGCUGCUGGCCGGGGCCCGCGAGUCCAUCCACAUCCUUAAAGGGGAGGAGGGCCGCGCCCUCAGGAGGAAACACCAACGCAACGUCAAGCUGCUGAGACAGAUGCUCAUGGACUCUGGACUGCCCCUCGUCCACUGCCCCUCUCACAUCAUCCCUGUCAGGGUGUCUGAUGCGGAGAAGAACACUGAGGUCUCUGACGUCAUGAUGAGCCGUUACAACAUUUACGUCCAGGCCAUCAACUACCCCACGGUCGCCAGGGGGGAGGAGCUUCUACGCAUCGCCCCCACGCCGCACCACACCCCCCAGAUGAUGACAUACUUUGUCGAGAAGCUGGUUCAGACGUGGAAGGAGUCCGGUCUACCUCUGAAGCCCCGUUCUUCAGCAGAGUGUAACUUCUGCCAGCAGCCGCUGCACUUUGAGCUGAUGACCGAGAGAGAAAAGUCUUACUUCAGAGGCCUGAGCCACCCCAUCUCCGCUCACGCAUGACGACACUACAGAAUACACUCAACCCAUUCCUCUGUCACUGUCACUGGUACCUUUUUAUUCCCUAAUAUAGUGCGAUACUUUUCACUAGGGCCCCAUAGUGCUCUCGUCAAAAGUAGUGCACUACACCGGGAAUAGGGUACCGUUUGAGACAUCCAUAGAAUGUAUAUCUAUAUUGUAUUUUAUAAGUGUCAUAACUUAUUUCUGGGUAUUCCAUGGGCACCCGAUUGUCUAAAUAAAUAACUUGAAUGUU